AUGGAUGAGAAAACAACAGGGGGGCCAGCUCACCGCUGGGUGCCAAGCCAUGGCCCGGGGGAUAUCAGGGUCCCGCCCGUCUUCACCCAGGGGCUUAUGCCACGGCCUCAUGACUCAGCAACGGUGUAUACUGUAUAUAGCUCAGAUAUUCUCUUGAUAGUGACCCGUCCGUGUCAGGUACUACUCCUGGGUCGCUGA